AUGUCAACCGUCGAUGCUUCUUCUGGCUCUUGCGGUCAAGAACUCCAGUAUCUGGAAGAAGAGAAAUUCAUUUAUCAAAGUAAGUUGCAUUAUGAGAAUUAUUUCUUUCUGUUCAUUCGACAUCAAAAAUGAAAUUUUGUGAUCUUUCUAAAUGUCGUAUUUUGCUUUUACUUUUCAGGUCUUCAACGAUCACUUGAUCUCCUUAUCGGCACCUUGGUCAAUUUCAACGACAUCGAACUUGCGAAAAUAUUUCGAGACUACUGGAGAGAAGUGGUUAUUCUCUUCCUCAAUGGUGGAUACUUCUUCGCGGUUCAACAAGAAGGGCAGCCCAUCAAAGCCAGCGAUGAUUUCGACGAAUUGUUCACAGUCUUCCUCGGCUAUUUGUUCCGAACUGGGAACAUGGAGGCUUCGGUCAACUUGAGGAACUGCCAACGAUACUUGAAAGGAGGGCUCGAACAUUUCGAAAGGAACUUGGGAAACGGCAGUAGAUAUGUUCAAAUGUUCAGAUCGUUGCAACGGAACAAAGGAUUAGGCCAGUACUUGUUUGUUGAUGGAAAUAGUUGUACAUACUAG